AGUUCAUUUGUUGUGAACACCCAAGCAUGGCACAGCCCAUGGAUGACAUGAAGAUCCAUGUGGUCACAUACAAUGUGGCAACACUCUUUCCAAACAUGAGGACCAACCUCACUGGACUUCUUGGUCUGGAGGACAACACAAAGCAGGCAUCCCAUCCAGACAUCUAUGUUGUUGGAUGUCAAGAAGUGAAGUCACAGCCACAGAACUACGUGUAUGACACACUUUUUGACGAUCCAUGGUCGACGCUGUUCAAGCUGACGCUGGCGCCGCGGGGCUACGUCAAGCUGCGCACCAUCCGGCUGCAGGGUAUCGUGCUGUCCGUGUACGUGCUGCGCCGGCACGUGGUGCACGUGAGGGAGGUCGAGGACAAGUACGUCCGGCUCGGAUUCGGCGGGAUGUGGGGCAACAAGGGCGCGGUGGCGCUGCGCCUCUCGCUGAACGGCGUCAGCCUGUGCCUGGUCAACUGUCACCUGGCGGCGCACGACCACCUGCUGGCCGAGCGCAUCCAGAACUACACCGACAUCCUCAGCCAGGCCAACUUCCAGCACCCGGCCACGCCCAAGCUGCUGUACCACGACUACCUCAUCUGGCUGGGCGACAUGAACUUCCGACUGUCGAGCGGCGAGGGCGGCGCGCCCGACGACGAGGCGGCGCGCCGGCUGGCCGAUGAGCACCAGCUGACACCGCUGCUCGAGCUGGAUCAGCUGCGCUGGGCGCGCCGACCUGGCAACGCCUUCUCAGAGCUGAGCGAGCCCACGCUCACCUUCAAGCCCACCUACAAGCUGGUGCCGGGCCGGCGCGGCCUGUACGCCACCAGCCGCCGGCCGGCCUGGACCGACCGCAUCCUGUACAAGGUCAACGCGGACGUGUACGAGGAGACACGCCUGACGAUGGAGCCACUCAGCUACCAGAGCCACCCCGAGUACACGGUGUCCGACCACCAGCCGGUCUCCGCCGAGUUCCGCGUCAAGGUGUUCUCUGGCCGGCCGCUGCCUUGCGUGGAGUUCCUGCCCAUCUCUAUGUGGCUGGUGGGCUCCGACUGCGUGGCCAAGUACCGGUGCGACCGCGCCCUGGAGAUCUCCGCCUGGGACUGGAUCGCCCUCUUCAGGGCGAACUUUGCCAGCCUGGACGAGUACAUAUCCUACAUAUGGGCGCCGCGCACCACGUCGUCCCCCAAUUCGGACCACUACGUGGCCGUCUUUCCGGAGGACAGUGUCACCGUGCCAGGCAGUUACGUGCUGGUGUACUUCGGUCGGAACGGCCGCGGCGUGUACGGCAUCAGCGAGCCGUUCGCAGUUCAGUACAGUCACACCGCGCGGCUGGCGGCGCUGGCCAUCGGCAGGACCACGCGCGCCGAGCGGAUCCCGACGCUCUGA